GUGUCCCAGCUGUCAGCGGACCAGAUCGAGGAAUACCGGGAAGCGUUUCACAUGUUUGACAAAGACGGAGACGGUCGCAUCACGGCCAAGGAACUGGGCACAGUCUUGAGAUCGCUGGGCCAGAAUCCCACGGAGACAGAACUGAGAGACAUGAUCAAUGAGGUGGACGCUGACGGAAACGGAACGAUCGAAUUCAACGAGUUCUUAUCCAUGAUGUCCAAGAAGUCAGAGAAACACGAACUGGAAGAAAUUACGGAUGCCUUCAAGAAUUCAUUCGCAUGAUGACUUCAGAAGACAGCAAUGGCCCCCAAGACCCGAGCAAAAACAACCUGUAGCCUCACACAUGAUUCCUUACGGAUGCCAAGAGAUCAUGAACCUAUGACGUCAGACCCUACUGUCCAGGGUUUACAAAGACAUCUUACAACGUUCCUGGUCGCUUGAAAUUCAAAAGAAAAUACAAUAAACAACAGGGGUGGAUUUGAGGGGUUUUUUUCGGGGGUGGGGGAGGAUUGAUUUUUCUUUCUUUUUUUUUUAAUUCAUGUUGGGGUGUUGUUUGUUUUUAAUCCAGAGUGUGAACAAAAUGUAUACAUCAUUGCUUCCUCGUAUGCAGAAAUCGAAGAAGCACUGACAUACACCGUUUGAAGCUCUAUAAAUUAAGACGUAAAAUUUAGACUCAGAUAGUGUUGUUUUCCCGGCAGUGGAUAUCAGUGAUCUUUAUUAUUUUGUUCUUGGAGUCGGUGUAGGGGUGGGGGGGGGGAGAUGUAACUAUUAUUUGUGUGUUAAAUUAUACAAACCAUGAACUCGUUUUAGUUGAUUUUUUUCUUUGCUACUAGAAUUGGCAAAAAUACGAGACCUAAGAAUAAUUUGUAACUGUGUUGGUAAAUAGAUAUAGUAAUACGCGGGAUGCACAAAUAUUUAAUUAGUCGUGCUUGUUUGGUCGCGUAGGUUUCGGACGUCGGGCUGUGCCGCGUUAAAAAGAUAACGAUUCCCCUCCACUAUUUCUUUAAGCAAGCAAUGGGUCCAAAAUAAUUGUGUGCCAAUGAUCAGUGGUUUUAAUCAAAUGGAAAGCAAAUAAAUGACUUCAUCAGACCUGUCUAAUUUUCUGUUUGAGAGAUCAAAUUAUGAUCCUAGCAUUCAAAGACUCCUGUAGAUAAUUUCAACCGGCGUCUGUGGUAUAGCGGUUAGGCAUUGUGUAGCCAGUCGCACGCAGGAGACCCGAGUUCGAUUCCCGGGUGAGGUGAAAAUUUGUUGGGAUGCUGUAUCCAGCUUAUCCCGGGUUGGCCCUGACAGACAGGGUUGGAAGCCCAUUUACAUGAAUGAGAAGAUAUGUUCAAUAACGAUAGCCCCUGGAAAUCAUUAGGGCCCGAACGAACGUUUCUAAUAUUCCUCUGGAAUCGAAGUUAUCUUGAUAAUCAUAUCCCCUUAAAUCAGAUUUGUCACUGGCCGAGAAACGUUCAAAUGAUUUAAUCUUAGGUGACCAAAUUGUGUUAUUACAAACUGGGAGAUAUUCGAAUCUGGUCUGAAACAAAAACGUGCGGAAUAAAUGUUCCUAAAGUGCAGAUCGAAGUUUGACAAUUCGUAUUUGUGCCACGUCUUUUGGUUCAGCCCGGCAGUUCUCAGGGGCUUGCAUGAAAGCUGAAUGGUCAUUAUUAUUUCGACCAAUCCGUAGGUAUGCACACGGCUUAGUUUUUAGUAUCUCUAGUCUAUGCAGAGCUAGAAGAAAUCGAAAAUCAGGUCCACCCUUAACAUUUGUAAUAACUUAUUUCAAACUUCUGUGUGUUAGAUGUGAACUAACUUUGAGGAAAUUGCUGGGAAAUUGAUUUUCUUCCAUGUUAUGACUCAUUCUCCGACCAAACGAUUCUUAUGAACCUUUGUUUGCGUUAUACUGGGUAUGUGCAGUGUUUUCUAAGCAUUGACACCGCUCUGUUACAGUAUUUACAAGACAAAUAUUUGCAAGUGUCAGAUAAAGGAUUUACACGUUACAUUGCUAUCUAAGCUUUGUAUAAUUAU